AUGAGAGUUUCGUCGACUCCGGUAAUCCUCGCUUGCUUUGAGAUCAUCUCCCACUUCAAGCUGUUCGAGUGUUCAGACAACCUGAGCCCAAGAGUAUUCAUAGCAGCCUCUCCCGGCGUUCCCCGUGGAAAUUUCGACCUGAGGAAGAUAUUCGGCUGCCCGGAGAAUGACUCCAGCGUCCGAUACGUUGAAAUCCGAUGGUACAACAUCCAUCAAAACGUGUCGUUGGCUCUUUACGACAGAGAGCCCAAGGACGAUGACGUCUCGAAUCACUUGCUUCGUAUCUCGCCUCUCGAUCACACCUCGGGUUACUUUCUCACCCGUUACCUGCUACCGAAAGUGGAGCUCAACGGAACGGAAAACUUGAGCGAGAAGUGCAUGUUCUACUGGGUGGCCGUCCUGGAUCGUCGCUCUCGAAUUUCGAGCUAUGACUGCUUCAGAGGUUUCCCUUUUUGGAUGAAAAAAUCGAGGAAAUAUCUGGAAAACGUACAAGUGCGUCACGCCUUCAUCCCAGGAACGCAUAACUCGGGUACGUAUAAUUACUACGUACCGCAUCGAUCGCAUUCGCGGGUGACGCAGUUCGUAGAGUGCCAGGACGAAUCCGUUUUCAAUCAACUCUUCUUCGGAGCUCGGUAUUUCGAGCUGAGAGCUUCCUUCUCGCCGAAACGCAGACAGAACCGUGGGGGAUCCCCGAGCGAAUGCGGGAUCGAUGGCAAAGCAUGCGACGGUACAGAGUUUUGGAGCUAUCAUGGAUCGUUCGUCACUCUCGGCUCCUUGAAGCAGAUCGCCAUGGAUAUCCGAGAUUUCCUGGAUUCCACAGAGGAGAUUGUGCUGAUAGAUCUGCAUAAAUUCAAGAUCAAGGGAAACUGGUUCUGGACCAUAACUCUGCAUUUGGAGCUGUGGAAACUCCUCGUUGACAUCCUCGGGAGGCACAUGAGCCCUUUCAGCCCCGAAUUGACAUUCGGAGAAAUGUGGAAAUCCAACAGACGUUUGAUCGUGUCGUCGAUAUAUCCCAUGCAGAACUUGACCAAGUGUCUCUGGCCCUCUCCGACUCACCUUUGGCCGAACACCGAGGAUUUCUCUCAGUUGGAACUCUUCUUCGAUCAACGACUCUGCUCGGAAGUCGCCAAAAGUUCCGGGAUAACCGUCACCAAAGGCCAGCUCACCCCGAGACCUGGUCUCCGUUUGAUGAGGAAUAUAUUCCGUAAUCAGGGAGGCGUGCGAUACUUCUCUCCGGAAAUCAAUCGUCGCAUCGACCGUAUGUUCUUUGGCAAGUGGGCUUGUGCGAAUGUAGUGGCGGUGGACUAUCUUCUGAGCUCUGAUGUGGUUCGCAUCGCGAUCAUAGUGAACGAGAUGAGAGCCCGAAACAGCACAAUUCCGGGCCGUCCGUAUUCGACGGAAAAUCUCCAGGAUUUUUCGCGAUUCCGCCCGAAAUAUUGGAGAGCACGAGAUGAGCUGUGA